ACCAAAAAAAUAUUUUAUUUUACUAGUACGCACAUAUAGAGAGAGCCUACUCGUGGCUUUGAACUGAGUGUUCGCUAAGUACUCCACGGAUAAAUUGUUUCAAUUUUCAAUUAAAUGUCAUUGUGCAGUUGUUUCAAAUGAACGAAAAAAAAUUGUUUUAAAAUCGCUUGAAUAAAAAUUACUUAUAUAUUUCAUAGUGUGUGGAAAAAUAGUGUUUCGUUUUUUUGAUUAGUGAUUUCAUGUAGGUGUUUGAAUUUUUUGACACACCCGUGUGGCUUGUCUGGAAAGAAAUCUCAAAGUGUUUGCAAGUGUCAAUUUAUUUUAGUGUCUAGACAAAGUAAUUUUUUAAAUUGAAAGCGAUCAGUGUUUUUUAAACUGAUUUUUAUAAUCGGUUUAUUUGAUUACAAAAAAAUUUUUUUUGGCACGACUGCAAAAAACUGGAUUAAGGUCUGAGACCCGUGUGAAUAAUAGGCCUGAGUGUUGUUUGAAAUAAAGAUAUAUUUCAUGGAAACGGGUCGCCGGCGACCCGGGUGGACGGGUAUUUUAAACAGUCAAGCUGGAACUCAUGGAAUUAGAAAAUAUUGUUGCAAAUACGGUUUAUUUGAAAGCAAGAGAAGGCGGAACCGAUAGUAAUAAGGGGAAAAGUAAAAAGUGGAGAAAAAUCUUACAAUUUCCGCACAUAUCUCAAUGUAUAGAUUUAAAAAAUAAAAUAGAUGUAAGAUAUGAAUAUGUUGUUGACCAGCAACCAAUCGGAAGGUUGCUGUUUCGACAAUUUUGUGAAAUGCGUCGUCCGCGAUAUUAUUAUUGUUUGUGCUUUUUGGAUUCAGUGGAACAAUAUGAAUUAGAAUCAAAUGAAAAACGUGGUGAUCUAGCAAAAAUUAUUAAAGAAAAAUAUUUUUCUGAUGAAAAUAGUGAUAUUAUAAAAUUAGGUAAUUUAAAUACAGACAUUUUACAGCAGAAUGCAAAUAAAUUAUUAGAGCAACAAUCGAACGGCAGUGGAAGUAUUAAUUUGUGUAAUAAAGAUUUAUUUGCGCCGAUUGCAUCAGCAAUUAAAGAGUAUUUAUCAGAUGAACCAUUUAAAGAAUUCGAGAACUCGAUAUACUUUUUACGUUAUUUACAAUGGAAGUGGUUAGAGGCACAACCUGUUACGUACAAAACAUUUCGUAUGUAUCGCGUGCUUGGGAAAGGUGGUUUUGGCGAAGUUUGUGCAUGCCAGGUUCGAGCCACUGGUAAAAUGUAUGCAUGUAAAAAAUUAGAAAAAAAACGUAUAAAAAAACGAAAAGGCGAAGCAAUGGUCUUAAUUGAAAAACAAAUUUUACAAAAAAUCAAUUCACGUUUCGUAGUGAAUUUAGCGUAUGCGUAUGAAACAAAAGAUGCACUAUGUUUAGUAUUAACUAUAAUGAAUGGUGGAGAUUUAAAAUUUCACAUUUAUAAUAUGGGAGGCGAACCUGGUCUAGAGCUAUGUCGAGCACGAUUUUAUGCCGCUGAAGUGGUAUGUGGUCUGGAGCAUUUACAUCAGCAAGGCAUUGUUUAUAGAGACUGUAAACCAGAGAAUAUUUUGUUGGAUGACGCCGGACACGUACGUAUCUCAGAUUUAGGCUUAGCUGUCGAAAUACCUGAGGGUGAAACUGUUCGUGGACGAGUUGGAACUGUUGGUUACAUGGCUCCAGAAGUUAUUGACAAUGAAAAAUAUACAUUUUCACCAGAUUGGUUUAGUUUUGGGUGUUUAUUAUACGAAAUGAUCGAAGGACAAGCUCCAUUUCGUGCAAGAAAAGAGAAAGUUAAACGUGAAGAAGUUGAUCGACGUGUCAAAUCUGAACCAGAAAAGUAUUCAAAUAAAUUUAGUGAAGAAGCCAAAGCAUUAUGCCAACAAUUAUUAGCCAAAUCACCAGCGAAUCGUCUAGGUGGUAAAUCUGGACGGAUGGGUGCUGGGAUUGUCAAACAAGAUGCAUUUUUUCAUUGUAUUAAUUGGCGAAGAUUAGAAGCUGGUAUGAUUGAAGCUCCAUUUGUUCCUGAUCCACAUGCAGUAUAUGCAAAAGAUGUACUUGAUAUUGAACAAUUCUCAACGGUGAAAGGUGUGAAUUUAGAUGCAACAGAUGCUACAUUCUAUAGUCGUUUUAGUACCGGUUGUGUAUCUAUACCAUGGCAAACUGAAAUGAUUGAGACUGAUUGUUAUAAACAAUUGAAUGUGUUUGGUCCGGGUGAUACACCGACUCCUGAUUUAAUGAUUACAGCAACACCAAGUCCUGAAGAUCGUGGAUGUUUUCCUUUCAGGCGGAAGAAGAAACAACCCGACCGUACCCGACCUAUACCGGUGGCCGAUCAUUUACUUCCUGCCACAAUCAUAGAAAGCUGAUAGAAUAAUUCAUUUCGAAAAUUAUAAUUAAAUCAGGAAACAAACCAAAACGUUCUUCACAACAUUCUCUCUACUAAUGUACAGCGGCAAGACAUCUUGGUAUAUUAUUUUGAAAGACUGACUAGGAAAUAUGACACAAAUAUAUGUGCACUCAUACACAUACACCAAUCUUAGGGAUUCCUUACUAGACGUAGCAAAAUAGUUACCAAAAUAAAAAAACUAAUAACGAAUGUCUUUGAUGUUUUGUCAUGUUGGAAUUUUCAUGACGAUAUGUAUCUGUGGAUAUGAUACUGACGAUGACACGUUUUGGAUAUCAAAAUCGAUGUCUUAAUUAGAUAAGAAAAUAUAUAUUCUCAUUCAUUUCGAAUGAGAAACUUUUUUGUAUAAAUAUUGAUAUACAUUUUGUUUUUUUAAAUGUUAGGCUUUAAAUUUUCCAGCCUAACGAAAUACGUUUACAUUACCUACUAAAUCAAAAAAGUCUUAAUUGCAAACAAUCUAAAAAAUGUAAUGUGAUUUAUUUAGGGCUGCAAUUGCUACGCAAAAUCAUUGAGUGAGAUAAUCUCUAGGAAAUCGGAUUCUAAAUAUGAAAUUUUUGCAAGAAAAGGUAAUGUUUAAUCUAAGCGCUUUCAUUUUAAUUACCACAUUAAUAUAAAUGGAUUUAAUGUCUUUUUUACAUUAUAAUUAGCUUUUGAAAUUUUCUGUGCUGGUGAUUUGAAAAUGAAAAAGAAAGCACUUAGGAUACAUAUUACGUUUUAAUUAAUUGCCUCACAAUUUAGCUAAAAUUAAAAUUUUAGCUAA